UCUUCUCCAUAGAGGUACAAAGAGUCACGACUGACACCUCGCCUUGCGUUUGCGAUUUUUCUUCACACUUUUUACUAGACAGAAAUCCCACCAUGUCACAGAAGUUGCCUGCAGAAUCUGUGAAAGAAAUGGGACCAGAUGAUGUCACCAAGCCUGCCAUUCGUAAUGCGGUUUGGAAGUACAUCGAGGAGAACGACCUGGCUGACUUUCCCAGGCCGGUUAACAGGAGGAUACCCAACGUGAAGGGUGCUGCCACAGCGGCAGAGCUAAUACCUACCAUGCAGGAAUUCAAGAAGGCCCAAGUGGUCAAGAUUAACCCAGACAAGCCUCAGGAACAGGCCCGAUUCUUGACCCUCGAUGCUGGGAAGACAUUGCUAGUGCCAACCCCACGCCUAAGAAGUGGGCUGUUCAACAAGAUUGCCCCACCUGCUGGGGCCACCAAGGACAUUCUGAGGAUCUGCGCCACCUCCCAGGGAGUGCGGGAGUACAGCAGCACCAUGAGCUUGGAUGAAAAGCUGAAAGUUGACCUGGUCAUCAUCGGCUCCGUGGCCGUGUCUCGCUCAGGUCUGCGCAUUGGAAAAGGAGAAGGCUUCGCUGACCUGGAGUGGGCCAUGAUGUCCUCUAUGAAAGCUGUGAACACAGACACUGUGGUCAUCACCACUGUCAAUGACUGUCAGAUUGUGGACAUCCCUGACAGCCUGAUCGAGGACCAUGACCUGACUGUUGACUACAUUGUCACCCCACAGGAGAUCAUCAAGUGUAACCGUACACGCAGCAAGCCGUCAGGCAUCAUCUGGUCGAAGCUGGAGCCACUGAAGCUGAAGCGUGUGCCGAUUCUGCGCAAGCUGUGGCAGACGGAGAAAGAUGCCGGUGUUGACGUAACACUGAAGGACGGUGCAGAGUUUGAUCUUGAGGCAGCUGAGAAAGAAGAUGCUGAGCGUGAGGAAAGGCGCCAACAGGAGGGCGGUGACCAAGAGGGAGGGCGCAGAAGGUACCGUCGUAGGUAUGGCGGAGGAUUUGGCGGGCGAGGACGUGGGCGCGGCAGGGGCAGAGGAGGCCGGGGUGGGAGGCCCACCAGUGGGGAUAGGGAUCGUACAGAGUCUGAGGGCGGAGAAAACACAGAUGGGGAGAAGGGAGCUGGAGAGGGCAGCACUGAACGCAAGCAACGCAGGAGGCCAAGGAGGUACAGGCGUCGCCCAAACCAGCGCAGGUCCAAGGACUCUGAGGGAGAGGCUGAUGGGAGUGGGGAUGGCGGAGAGAGGAGAGAAAGGCGUGAGAGGACCGAGAGUGAGGGGGAGGGGCGUGACCAGCGCAGAACUCAGAGAAGGUUCAGGCCAAGACGUGGACGCCAGCCAGCCCUGUUUGUCGGUGGUCUGCCUCGUUCACUGCGCGUGAGCACAUUCAAGACAGAAGUGCGCGGCCGCGAGGUUGAUCCACUGCGCGUCAUCUGGCACGGCGGGAACGGCCAUGCUUUCCUACAGUUUGAGAACAGCGAGCUCAUGGAAUCCGCUUUGUCUGCGUUGGGCGACCUGAACAUCAACGGCAAAAAACUCCGCGUCGAGGAGGCUAAGGGACGUGACACUCGCCAAUCGGAAGAUAUGGGGGAAGCUACUGAGCAGAGGGCUAAUGUUGACUAAGCAGCAAAUGAGCAGUUUGGCCGUAUAGCUUGUUUAGCUUGAUUUGUCAAGACGGCCCCAUAUAUGCCACUGUAGGCAUUGUAUAUUCAUUUACAGUAUAAUGUUACAUAAGCGUCGUUUUUGCUGUAGUCGACUGAUAGUAAUUGAGCCUAUUGUAAUUCAUACGGUUUAAGGGUGUACCAUAGCGGAUAAUUGAAACUUGUGACUGAUCGUAUAUGACAACUUGUGUUUAUGUCAUUUUUUUCACGUUUUAUUAUUGCGGAAAAUAUUAACCCCUCCCCAUGUUAGCUUUAUUCUGCAGAGUGUUAAAGGUCUUAACACAUUUGCCCAAGUAGGGCACUGUUGUAACAUAAUGACAUUGAUAUGAUGUAUCAUAGCCUUUUUUCAUGUGCUUAGUAGCAUAUGCUUAUUGCCAGGGGCUAUACUUUUGGCCUGAAAAAUAACUGCCUUAAGUGGUGUUUGAAAUUGCAAUAAUUGAAAAAAGUGAUUCGAAGGCAGCAAAAAUAUAGAUAUAAUGAUAAUUCUUGUUCCAACUCAGUGAUUUAUAUUCGAUUUCAUGUGUUCACUUAUUUUAGUAUUGUUCAAGGUUUUAAGUAUUUAAGAAUUGUUUGCGAUCUAGUUCCCGCUUGUUUUAAAGUUAAGGUGUUAAGAAAUUGUUUUAGACGUUUGAUACUUCAUCAAGUGCUGAAGUAUGACUGGCAUUGAAUGACUGAAUAUGUUUGAACUUUGAAUUAUACAGGUAACUUGACACAAAAAUGUGCUUAAACAUUGAACAUAAGACUUUUGUUUUCGUAUCAUUUAACUCAGUUGUUGUUUGAACAUUAACAUAAUUUAACAUUAUUCCGCCUGCAGGAAAAUUAAAACAACAUUUUUUAAGACUUUUUAAGAAACUUGCCAAAGAAAGCAAUAUUAUAUUGUUUGCUAGAUAGACAAUAAAAAGUGUGCUUUGACAUUUUAAAACAUUUCAAAAUUGUUGAGUUUCUACAUUUUCAUAUGAAUUCUAUGCAAUAAUAGUCCUUGAUAUUAAUCUAUUAAAGUACUAUUUCUGUUGUUAAGAAUGCAUGUAUUUUAUGACAUAUCUUUAAAAAUGCAUAAUCGUUUUUUGGUGAUUUUUUUUUUGUUUUCUGUAUUAAAACUUUUUUUAUAUGUUUAUGCAUUUAAUUAUAUUUCUUUAAGGUUUGUAAAACAAUUCCUUAACCUAAACGUUGUCAGUAUUUAUUAAAAAAAGAGAAUAAUUUCUUCUUGUUUUUAGGUAUAACUUCUCUUUUUACAAUUUGUUACAUUUAUAACACAUUUAUUUUAAGCUACUGCUCAUUUCCAAUUCUGUUUACGAAGGUUACUGAUUUUUGUUGAAUGAAUUUAUUUAUGUGUGAUCGUAUGCAACUUUGUAGAUCAUUUCUUUCGUGUGACUAGUUCUGACAAUAUAAGGGUUUGAUUCUCUAGAAUUCCAGGGAUAUUUAUUUUUUUUAUCUAGUAUUGGUUCUUUUACAUAUGGGGAGCAUUUCAUUAAGAAUCCCAGGAGUGUUUUUUUUUACCAUGAAGAGGUUUUUCAACAGUGUUAAAUCUCUCCUAGGUAUGAAGACUGCUCCUAGAAUUCUUAAUGAAACAGCCUGGAUGAUAUUAUAUAAUGUAUCGUGGGUUUUUGUUUCAUGUAUAUUUUCAGAACUAGUCAUUGUCAUUUUAUUCAUUAGCGUAUGUCCGUCACAAGUAUUUUGACAAAUAAGAAAAUAAAGUAUUUUCAUGAAUAA